AUGAGUGACUCCUAUGACAGCACGGAAGAAGAUCCAUUGAUUGAAAAACCAACAAAACCAAAACAAGCCGAAAACAAGGCUACCCCAACAAAAUGGGGUCUAAUUUCAUAUAUAUUUUGCGCUAUCGUAGGUUUAUUUGUAAUAAUAUUUGUGUUAUUACAUUAUUUUCUUAACCCCUCAGAUAAUUACUUCAUAUACUUCAAUGAUAUACAUAUUGAUCAUGAAUACGUCUAUACCAAAUCUCGCCAAAAGAAUUGUCAUGAAAAUAUUAAUCCAAAUGGACUAAAUUUCACUUUUGGGCAAUAUGGAUGUGAAGCUCCCCAUGAAUUAGUUGAAUCGUUCUUUGAAAACCUUAAAAAUAUCGCUCCAAAACCUAAAUUCAUUGUGUUUGGAGGAGAUUCAACAUAUACAUGGACAUACAAUCAUACGUACAAGACGAUACAAGAAGAUUUAUCAAGAAUUACAACGAAUCUUAAAAAUUUAUAUCCAAAAGUUCCAUUUAUUUUAAAUUUGGGCAAUGCGGAGUACGAUCCCAACUAUGGAGGCUACAAUUCAGAUAUAGAAACAUUCAUGAACACUUCAAAAAUUUUGGGAUCUUAUUUGACAGAUCAACAAAGGGAAACUUUCGAAAAAGGAGGCUAUUAUUACUAUGACUAUCCAAAGGCCAAUCUACGCGUUAUAUCCUUGAACUCCGUUAUUUACUCAAAAAGAAGAAAUUUGACAGAAUCAGAUUUAUACGGCCAGAUUUCAUGGUUAAAGAAUAUAAUGAACACAGAAUACAAGACAUUAAUACUUUUCCAUAUACAGCCAGGCGUUAACUACGCUGAAAAGAAGAAUUCUUGGUAUGAUUAUCAUAUCAACCAAAUUUCACAAGUAUUUGAAGAAAAACAACCAGAUUACUUACUAGGAGCACAUGUGCACCUUGAUAUGCUCAUGCCGUUCUUUAAUUCCAAGAAUCUUGAAAUAAUUGCUUUAAGCAAUCCAGCUGUUUCUCCGAAGCACGACAACAACCCUUCCUUCAGACUGUAUUAUAUGAACAAAGGAUUGUCCGAUUACAAGCAAUUUUACGCUGAUAUAAAAGAUAAUCCGUCAUUUUUAAAUUGGGAACUUGAAUAUCAGUUCACAAAACUUUACGAACAAUCUGAUCUAUCACAGAAGUCGUUAAAGUCUGCUGUGAAGUGGAUUUCGACCACAUCAAAAGGAAUGUGGACUUUUCUUGAACAUGUUUAUUCAAGAGGUUUUGCAAACAAUGCAUUUUAUCAGUGUAUGCUUGGUUCAGCUGAUAUUGACCAUUAUAAUUCUUGUGUUUCAUCAAAACCACAAAAUGAAAUAUUAUUAAUGAAAAAUUAG